AACUUGGGUUACUUAUAUUCUGUGGUGAAUGGCUGAGGAAGACGUUGUAAGGCCAAAUAGGCAUUUGGAGAUAGCCCAUGGUACUUCCACCGAUGAGGUUGAGAAGUUUCAAUUUGUAGACUCUGCUGACGAGAAAAGCAAGUGGAAGAAGUUUAUAGCUUAUUUUGGGCCAGGCUUUCUUGUGUCCAUAGCCUACUUGGAUCCUGCCAACUUGGAAUCAGACUUAGAGGCAGGUGCAAAAUACAAGUAUGAGCUUCUUUGGGUCAUUCUCCUUGCCUGCAUUUUUGCCUUGAUUAUUCAGUCUCGAGCAGCUAAUUUGGGAGUCGUCACAGGCAAGCACCUUGCAGAACAUUGCAGAACAGAGUACCCUAGAAAGAUAAAUUACAUACUAUGGCUGCUGGCAGAAGCGGCUGUAAUUGCAUCAGACAUCCCUGAAGUUAUUGGAACUGCUUUUGCAUUGGAUAUGCUCUUUCAUAUACCUGUAUGGGUUGGGGUCCUCCUAACAGGACUCAGUACUCUCCUCCUCCUUGGCCUGCAGAAAUAUGGGAUAAGGAAAUUGGAGUUAGUAAUAACUUUUUUAGUAUUUACCAUGGCCGGCUGCUUCUUUGCGGAACUUGGACAUGUUAAGCCCAAGUCCACAGAGGUCUUGAAAGGGAUGUUUGUUCCUCAGUUAAAAGGAAAUGGAGCAACUGGUCUUGCAAUCUCUCUGUUUGGUGCCCUGGUUAUGCCGCACAACUUAUUUCUCCAUUCAGCAUUGGUCCUUUCAAGGAAAAUUCCUGCCUCUGUUUCUGGAACUGAUACAGCUUGCAGAUAUUUCUUUAUAGAGAGUGCGUUUGCUCUGUGUGUGGCAUUUCUGAUCAAUGUGGCAGUGGUUUCUGUGACUGGAGCUGUUUGUACGAUGCCCAAUUUAUCUGGUGAAGAUGCUAUUACCUACAUCAAUUUGCCAAUCUUUUCUUCCACAUUUCAGAAUGCAAUAGGAAAUUGGAGUUCUAAAAUAUUUGCAGUGGCGUUGCUGACAUCGGGGCAAAGUUCAACGAUCACAGGAACAUACGCAGCUCAGUAUGUGAUGCAGGGUUUUCUCGACUUAAAAAUGAAACCAUUUUAUAGAAAUCUUAUCACACGGGGCAUAGCAAUCAUUCCAAGCCUGGUGGUGGCGAUCAUUAGUGGGAAUUCUGGCACAGGAAGACUUAUAAUCAUUUGCUCGAUGAUCUUAUCUUUUGAAUUACCAUUUGCUCUGAUACCUUUGUUGAAGUUUACUAGCAGCAAGAUAAAGAUGGGACCUCACAAAAACUCCAUUGCAGUGACAAUUUUGGCUUGGCUCAUAGGAUUGAUUCUCAUAGUCAUAAACAUAUUCUUCCUUAGCACAGGAUUUGUGGAUUGGCUCAUUCAUAAUGAUCUUCCCAAGGUGGCUUCAGUGCUCAUAGGAUUAAUUGUUAUCCCAGCUAUGUUAGUUUACAUAGUGGGGAUUUUGUAUUUGGCUAUUCGAGGAGACAAGGAAAUUACUUAUGUAGCACCAGUAGGAUCAUCUCGUCACAACAAUGAAGGAAAAAUUGAUCAAAUAUAGAAUCAAAGAAUUUCUACUUCUUUGCCUAGUGAAGAUAUUAGUGGCUUGCAGAAGCCACUAAGUGUUGUAUGGUAGUAAAAUCCUCAAUGAAUAUUUCCAUUGUUUUAUCUUUAGUACAUGAGAAAAGCAAGGGAAAGUUGGGAGUGGUGUAUAUUCCAUGGGUAGAUAACUUAUUCUUCUUCUGAAGAGAAAAAAAAUACGUCCAAAUGGUGGUUUUAUUUUCUUCUUUAUGUAAGAGAUCCAUGAGAAAGACUAGCUGGCAUUGAAUGAUGACCACUAACUUACGUAGA